CUCUCCUUUCGCCCGCUAUUCCCUGACCCCCUCUCUCUUAUCUUCCCCCGCCUCCAGCCCUCUCCGGCGCCGCCGCCACCGCCGGCUCCAACCUACAACAAUGACUUCCCUGCGCUCCGCCAUAUCCUCGUCCCUCCCUUCGAUCCGCGCGGUGGUCAGCCGAUCGAAGCGGGAAAUGAUUCGGCGGGAGCUGGAGAACUGCCACCUGGUGGCGGGGAUCUGGUGCCACGGCCUCACAGUGAAGCAGCUCCAGGCCCUCCGCGGCGCCCUCCCGGAGACCACCAAGCUGGUGGUGACGAAGAACACCCUCGUCGAGAAGGCCAUCGAGGGCACCAAGUGGGAGCCCCUCAAGCCCUGCAUCAAGGGCAUGAACGCCUGGUUCUUCGUCCACUCCGACCAGAUCCCUUUCGGCCUCAAGCCCUACCGAGACUUCCAGAAGGAGUGGAAGCUCGUCCUCAACGACUUCACCGGCGCCGUGUUCGAGGGCCGGCUCUACGGGCCGGAUGACUUCCAGGCUCUCGAGACAAUGCCCACCCUAAUGGAGUCGCAUGCCUACCUCCUGGGCUGCCUCCAGACCCCAGCGAUCUCGCUGGUCAGCACGCUGCAGUCGCCCGAGAGGGAUGCCGAGAAGCCCGAGGGAGGGGGCGAGGCUGGUCCAGCUACCGCCGCCACCGCCGCUGCUGAUAAAUAGCAGCGAGAUCUAGCAACGGUAACAUUACUGAAGAUCCUUGAGAAAAGGUGUACAACAAGGCGAGCAUUGUACACACAUACAAAUUUUCACCCUGUUGCCAGGUACAUGAGAAAUCAUUUCCAACUGACAAGGCAAUAUCAGUGGCCUAUAUGACACAAAAUCAAACUAAUGUGAAUGGAGCAAGGUAUUUCAGCACUUCUAUAAUACUAGGCGCAAUAUUCCUUGAAUUGUAUUAUUGCUUCUAAUAUUACUUGUAUGCCAAUGUUCAUGUACAGCUAGCUAAAUAUAAAAGACGGAAAACCACGUACCUCAAGUGGUGUGCUCCAGUCGUUGAUGGGUCGUCCUCUUGGGAGGUACAACCUAGAAUAUGCUUGGUCCUUGAUAGUGGUCUUAUGCUCCGUCUGUAAUGUAUACUGUGACGAGAGAUGGUAGUGGUUGAAGCUCGUGCUUCAGCCUUGUGAUCUUUGAGUGAAUUCUUAUGUUACUUUUAUUUUAUUAAUACAAAAUUAUUCGUUUCUCUCCUA